UUUCGGGGAAUGCAAAGUAGAAUGCAUCGUAGUCAGCGGAAAAAUAUAAUGAAUAUCCAAACAUUCUUUUUAUACCGUUGCUUUCUGUGGAAAUUUGUCUCGCAUAAAAAUCAUGUUUUGCGUUGUUCAAUUUACAGCGAAGUUGAAGUCAGUCAAUAAAGUGAAUUACGUAAGUGAAGAAGUGUAAAAAGGUCAGUGAUAAAAAUAAAAUGCUAAGCAAGCGGCAUUUGAAGCGUUUAACUAAAGAUAAAAGAAAGAAAAUUGACUUAAAAUUUAAUGAAAGUUUGUGUAGUGAGAGUGUUGAACCAAAUAGCGGCAACAGAGCAUUAGUAAAGGGAAACAUUAAUGCUGAGCGUGUUAUUGGAGACAGUGUUGUGACAACCAGUCAAGCGCCACUUAAGAAAAAAUUGUCGGACUGGUUUUUAGAAUUUAGGCCCUCCUAUAGAUGUGCCUCCAGUCUUCUAAAAAUUUUAAAAUAAGAAAACCUCUGUGUGCCCACCAGUGUUACUUCUUUAAUAGGCUCGCAACAAGGUUGCGUAAUACGGACCGUGCCACCAGGGCAAUACGUCCAUAUUGGAAUAGGGAAACAAUUAGAAAAAGUAAUAGAGGAAAUUAUUGAGGAAGGAUUAGAGGAAGUGCGACUUGAUGUAGGAAUAGACGGGUUGCCCUUAUUCAAAAGCUCGCUAGUAGGUCUAUGGCCAAUCUUAGGCCGCGUAUCUAAUUUAAAAAGAAAACCCGUCUUCUAAAUCUAAAUGAAAUCUCUUACAAGCUAGUAUCUUUACCAUACAAAGACAGUAUCGUUUUGUUGCCGCUAGUACACAGUUGUAUAUAAAAAAAAAAUUUUAAUAAAAGUACGUGUAUAUAAAAAAUAAUAAAAAAUGGCCGAGAUAAAAAAAUUAAAAAAAGAAAUUCACGAAUUAAAAGGUAGUAUUUUAUGGUUACUAUACACAUAUCUACAUAUACUAUGUUACUUCAAACAAUUUGGAAUACAUUUUGGAGCUGAAGUAUAUUUAAUUUAACUAACUAAUUCUUCCGUAGACAAUUACUAACAUUAUUAUUUUUUUUUUACUUAACAGUUUCAUGAAUUUCUAACAAUGGCAAAAAUUCGAGCUAGCAAAAUAAAGAAAAUACUCGUAGCCACGCCACACCAAGCCAGGUGUCAAUUUGAAUUUGUAUUUUUCAAAAUUUUCCACAAAAGUUUUAAACUUUUAUGUUUUUGUUGCGGUUUGAACUGUAUUUAAAAAAAUAAUAUUUUUUUUUAUUAAUUCACAAAAUUCUAGGAAAUUUAAAAAAAGCGGUGGUAAGGUUUGCGUGGUCACGAUCGUAUGACAAAUAAAAUAUUGAUCUAUAAAAUAAUAAAAGAAAAACUUUCAGGCAUUAUAAUGGAACUAAAAGGAGAAGUAGAAGAGUUAAAAGUUAUUGCGUUGGGGAAGAAUGCCGCAGCAGACAGUUUCAAUUCGGAAAUAAAUGCAAUGAGAGGCUUAUACGAAACAAAUUUGGAAUGCAUUAAAAAUAUUUUAGCAGAACAAAGCGUAUUAAUGAAAAAUUUCACAGAAAGCUUAUACCCUGUACCGAAAUUUGUAUCACUGUUUCCCAUAAAAACACAGGAAGAACUGGAUAGCAUUGAAUCCCAUACAAGCACCGAAAAUGAAACCCAAAUGGUUGCAACCGUUUUUCACGUUAUUAAGAAUGGCGGCUUUAAAUCAAACUUGCUGUCGAUUUUUAGCGAAAACGUUAUAAUGGACCACAACAUUGAUGGUAAACAAGGCAAGACCCCGCUGCUCCGUUAUACGAAGCUUAUGAAUGUCUUUAUUCAAGCGGCUCAAAAGCUUGGCGUUACUGAAAACGAAUGCCUGCUGGAAUUGCGUUGCGCAUUUAAAUCGGUCAAAAACCGCCAUCACAAGGCCUCUUGCCUGAAGAGGAAACGCUCAGGACCUGAAACUGAAGCGACAACAGAAGCAGCAUCUGAAGCUACAACAGAAGCAGCAACUGAAGCUACCACAGAAACUACAUCAGACUAAAGUCUAACUAAAAUACUUAACAUUAAGUUUUAUUUCCAUAAACAUAUAUUUAUACAACAAACAAAAAAGAAUGAACUGAAU